AUGUUUCAAUCUCUUCUCGAUUAUGCAUGGUAUUGGUUCUAUCGGAUCAUUGAUACCUUCCAACCACAAACUCAAUAUUGUGUGUUGGGAUAUUGUCAUUCAAGUUCUUACACUCCUCAAAUAUUUACUGAAAUUACAGACUUGUUGCAACGAUCGUUCGCCAAUGAUGAUACAAAAUCUUCUCCGAUUGAAACGCAAUAUUCAUACAGCGUGGAAUUUAAAAACUUUUACAUGACUGUUUUUAAAUUGAAUUAUUAUUCUAGCUACUACACAGAGGAUAAUAUUUAUAAUUAUUAUAUCAAUGGAAAAGCUGGAAUUAUACUGACGAUCGAAGUUUCCUCUCAUAAACAGGAUGUCGAUGAUAUGAAAGAUCGAGUGCAAUUUGUAUUGAAAAAGAUCGAAAAGAGAGUGCCAGUGCUAUUUCUCAUUCAUGGUCCUCAAGACUGUUUAGGAAAAUGUACUCCUGCUAUUACUGACAUGAUCCAAAUGCUAGUGAAGAAGUAUGAUCACGAAGAGUACUCAUGUAUUGCAACCAAAGAACCAGGUAAAGAUGGAACUCUUUACGAAGGAUUAGAAUGGCUGUUCACCACGUCCUGUAAAUAG